AUGAUUUGUAUUAUAAGUAUCAGUGUAAUCGUAUCUGGGCUAGCUAUUUUAUUAGUUUUCUUACAUUUCUCAAUAGAUAAAAGAAUGUUGUACAAAAAUUUAAAUAAUAAGCAUGUUGUUGUGACUGGCGGGUCGAGUGGUAUUGGUAAGGCUGUUGCCAUCGAGGCCGUAAAAUUAGGAGCUAAUGUAACAGUUAUUGGUCGAGAUAUUAAGAAACUAACAUCUGUAGUUACUGAGAUGCAAGGACAUUUGAUUAAUAAAGAACAAAAAGUACAAUAUGCAUCAUUGGAUGUUACAUCCGAUUAUAAUACCAUAGAAAAAUGUUUCUCUGAUUUGGAAAAUAAAAUUGGAACAAUAUUUAUGUUAUUUAAUUGUGCUGGUAUGUGUAUUUGUGGUAAAUUUGAAGACAUGAAAAUUGAUGAAAUUAAACAAAUGAUUGAUUUAAAUUAUUUUGGAACUGCAUAUCCAACAAAGUAUGUUUUACCAAAGAUGAAAGAGAGAAAUGAGGGUAUUAUUGUUUUUGUUUCAACAGAAGCUGCCUUAUUAGGAAUAUAUGGCUACAGUGCGUAUGGUGCAGCAAAAUGGGCAGUUAGAGGCUUAGCAGAAUCAGUAUUUAUGGAACUGGUUGGAACAAAUGUAAGGCUGACUCUUGCAUUUCCUCCUGAUACAGACACACCUGGGUUUAAACAAGAGGAACUCACAAAACCUGCAGAAACCAAACUGAUAUCGGGCUCAGGAGGCCUUCAUUCUCCAUCCAAAGUUGGUAGGAAGAUGCUUCAGGAUGCACUAAAAGGAAAAUGCUAUUCAGUUUUCGGAUUUAGCGGACAGCUUUUAUCCCUACUAUACUGUGGAAGUAUAGAUAGUGUAAGUCAAGUAUUGCUUCAAAUUGUGACUAUGGGAUUUUUACGUGCUAUUGUAGUGGUCAUCAUGUUAUCGUUUCACAAAAUUGUAAGAGACGGUUUAAGUAAAAAAAAAAAAGAAAGUAGUAACUAA